AUGGCAAAUACAUCCACUGGUCAAACACACACACACACACACAAUAGAAAAACAAAUGAAUUGAAAGAAAUAUACCCUUUGGACAUCUCUAGUGACUCCAUAUCCGCUGUGGUACAUCUGGCCCACAAGCACCUGCAUGCCCGUGUCGCCAUUCCUGGCCUCCUUGAGCGUGUCCUGGAACCACCGCUGGACACAGUCCGCCACCACUUCCGCCAGCGGCGUCCGCCGCAGACCCUCCGAACUCUCCGCCGCCUCCAUCGGCCGCGUGGUCAGCCUCACCUGAUGGGACUCGGGUCUCCACCCUGCGGAUUCGGCCGAGGAUGGGGAUCGAGAUUUGGAUACGGGUCUGAUAUGGGUGGGUUGGGGCGACCCGCGGUUGGGGGAAUUGAUGAAGCGAGCAGAUUGGUAAUGGAAAGAGUGAGCGUGGAGAAGGUAGCUAUAGGGCUCAAAAGCUCCUGGAAAGAGACAUGCCAAACGACCUGUUCACAAGAAAGAUCACUCCAUGGGGUUGACUAG